AACCUACGUUGCAGGCGACCAUUCCUUCACUGCUGGUGUCCUUUCACUGCUAGCCACCUGCAGAAAACGGUCCUUUCCUGCUGAUUUUUUUUUUCUCCCCACGGCUAAAGCUGUCCAAUAUGUCUGGGAUCUAACAUCUCCGGAGAAAAAGAGGAAUAUCAGAAUACCCUAGUGGAUGUGGACACCUAACCUGUGGACAUGGAAAAGAUAGUGAAUUUAUCCGUUUCAGUUCUCCUGGUUUUAUGGGGAUGCGCGCUUGGAGGCUCGCCCAGUGUUCAAAUUGGGGGACUUUUUCCAAGGGGCGCGGAUCAAGAAUACAGCGCGUUUCGGAUAGGAAUGGUUCAGUUUGGCACCUCGGAAUUCAGACUGACGCCUCACAUUGACAAUUUGGAAGUGGCAAACAGUUUUGCUGUUACCAAUUGUUUUUGUUCACAGUUCUCCAGAGGAGUGUAUGCCAUUUUUGGAUUCUAUGACAAGAAGUCUGUAAACACCAUCACCUCGUUUUGUGGGACUCUACACGUCUCCUUCAUAACACCCAGCUUCCCUCUGGAUGGAAAUCAGCAGUUCAUUAUCCAGAUGCGACCAGAUAUCAAGGGGCCCCUCCUCAGCCUUAUUGAGUACUACAAGUGGGACAAGUUUGCCUAUCUGUACGACAGCGAUCGAGGCCUGACAACUCUGCAAGUUGUUCUGGACACCGCAGCAGAGAAGAAGUGGCAGGUAACUGCCAUUAAUGUGGGGAACCUAAAAGACGAGAGGAAGGAUGAGGCCUACCGCUCACUGUUCCAAGAUCUGGAGAACAAAAAAGAAAGGAGAGUGAUACUGGACUGUGAACAGGACAAAGUGAAAGACAUCAUGGAGCAGGUCAUCACAAUCGGCAGGCAUGUUAAAGGCUACCACUACAUUAUAGCCAAUCUGGGUUUCAUUGAUGGGGACCUGUCCAAAAUUCAGUAUGGUGGAGCCAAUGUUUCAGGCUUUCAGAUUGUUGAUUUUGAUGAUCCCUUGGUUUCCAAAUUUGACCAGCGAUGGGACGCACUGGAAGAAAAGGAGUAUCCUGGAGCUGACAGCAAAAUAAGGUACACAUCGGCGCUGACCUAUGACGCUGUACAGGUGAUGACAGAAGCCUUUCGAUACCUCCACAAGCAACGUAUUGACUUUACCAGGAGGGCCAACACCGGUGACUGCUUGGCUAAUCCUGCUGUACCGUGGGCUCAGGGAGUGGAGAUCGAGCGAGCACUCAAACAGGUGCGUGUGGAAGGCCUGACAGGAAACAUCCAGUUUGACCAACAUGGCAAGAGAGUUAAUUACUCAGUGAAUAUAAUGGAAUUAAAAAGUAAUGGUCCAGUAAAAAUUGGAUACUGGAAUGAAGUGGACAAAAUGGCUGUCACCAAAUCAGAUGUCUUUACAAAUGACACAACAGGAAUGGAAAACAAAACAGUUAUUGUGACCACCAUCUUGGAAGCUCCAUAUGUAAUGCUGAAAAAGAAUGCCGACCUUUUUGUAGACAAUGAACGUUACGAGGGUUACUGCGUAGAUCUUGCUGCAGAGAUAGCAAAGCACUGUGGCUUCAAAUAUCAACUGAAAAUAGUGGGGGAUGGGAAGUAUGGAGCCAGAGAUGCAGAAACCAAAAUCUGGAAUGGGAUGGUUGGAGAGCUGGUUUAUGGAAAAGCAGACAUCGCAGUGGCUCCUUUGACCAUCACCUUGGUACGAGAGGAAGUCAUCGAUUUCUCCAAACCGUUCAUGUCUCUGGGCAUUUCCAUCAUGAUCAAGAAGCCUCAGAAAUCCAAGCCUGGAGUGUUCUCUUUCUUGGAUCCACUGGCUUAUGAGAUUUGGAUGUGUAUAGUUUUUGCUUACAUCGGCGUCAGCGUGGUGCUGUUCCUUGUCAGCCGCUUCAGCCCCUAUGAGUGGCACACUGAGGAGUAUGAGGAUGGGCAGAUCCAGACCAAUGAGUCAACUAAUGAGUUUGGCAUAUUCAACAGCCUGUGGUUCUCCCUUGGAGCCUUUAUGCGACAAGGUUGUGACAUCUCUCCUAGAUCUCUGUCCGGGCGUAUUGUUGGUGGUGUGUGGUGGUUUUUCACCUUAAUCAUCAUCUCCUCCUACACGGCUAAUCUGGCUGCUUUUCUGACUGUUGAGAGGAUGGUUUCUCCCAUUGAAAGUGCAGAAGACCUGGCUAAACAGACUGAGAUAGCUUAUGGGACUUUGGACUCUGGCUCUACGAAAGAGUUUUUUAGGCGCUCAAAGAUUGCCCUUUUCGACAAAAUGUGGACAUACAUGCGCAGUGCAGAGCCCUCUGUGUUUGUGAAAACCACAGCAGAGGGGGUUCAGAGAGUCCGCAAGUCCAAAGGGAAGUAUGCCUACCUGCUGGAGUCCACCAUGAAUGAAUACAUCGAGCAGCGAAAGCCCUGCGACACCAUGAAGGUGGGAGGCAACCUAGACUCCAAGGGCUACGGAAUCGCCACGCCGAAAGGAUCCUCAUUAAGAACGCCAGUAAACCUUGCGGUAUUGAAACUCAGUGAGCAAGGCGUCUUAGACAAGCUGAAAAACAAAUGGUGGUACGAUAAGGGUGAAUGUGGAGCCAAGGACUCUGGAAGUAAGGAGAAGACGAGUGCCCUCAGCCUGAGCAACGUGGCUGGGGUCUUCUACAUUCUGGUCGGAGGACUCGGUUUGGCCAUGCUGGUGGCCUUGAUUGAGUUCUGUUACAAGUCCAGAGCCGAGGCGAAACGAAUGAAGAUGACCUUUGGGGAUGCCAUGAGGAAUAAAGCAAGACUUUCCGUCACAGGGAGUACUGGGGAGAAUGGUCGGGUGAUGACUCCAGAGUUUCCUAAAGCUGUCCAUGCUGUCCCUUAUGUGAGACCUGACAUGGGACUGAACGUCAGCCUGACAGAUCUGUCCUGAUCAACGCGAAACUUCUGAGUGCCUUACAAUGGUUUCAAUAAAGCAAGAUUUUUGUUGUUUAUUUGUUUGGUUUUGGUUUUUUUUUCUGUCCUUGCCUCCCUCCAUUUGUUCUGGCACUUUUCUUUGUGUCUGUGUGGUGAAAAAAAGGAAAGAUGGGAGAUGGGGGAGCUUCAUUUUGCCAGUCACAAAGGCUUGUAUUGUUGCUCUCUGUCUCUACUUCUCACCUUAUAAAAUGCCUACCUUUCUGGGUGGAAUUCCAUCUCAAAAUCUAAAAGGGUGACUUUCUUUUUUCUAAACUGGUGACACCGUGGUUUCCUAUCUAUCUGUCUGGACUGGACUGAGAUAGAAACGAGGGCUUGAUUGAUGGCAAUGACUGCUUCUAGGAGUCAGAGAUUCAGUCAUCUCAACUGUGUUUGUGUAUCUGAAAAGCGAGGGGGUGUGUUCAUCAGGAGAAGAUGUUGUCAAAAACACACCAUUUCUGUAGCCACCGCCGCCAAACAGGAUUUUCAAGCACACUUGAUAUCAUCUGCAUUAAGAUGCGAAAUUGUCCUUUUUUUCUAAGAAAAUCUAUAAAAAAAAAAGUUUAUUGAAAAAAAAAUAUUUUUAUGUAUUUUCACAAAAUAGCUUUUAAAUAAACUUGCUUACAUACUGGUUGGAUAUAAACAUCUUAAUGUGUGAGUAUACAGAAAGAAAAAAUACUAAACAGCUUCUAGUUCCAUAUUUUUAAAGCCAAAUACAUUGCAUAUGGGGGUGAGAUGUUGAAAUCAUGUAAUUAAUUCCUAUUCUGAACUUUCCUGUAUAUUUUAUUCUUUAACAUUUGGUGUUGAUAUGAAAUAUAUGUCAAUGCUUGACAUUUGGAAUCAAUCCUUCUAUGUUUUUCUUGUUAAGAGUUGGUGCAGCAACUUUGCUUUAUUACUUUUGUCUCUUCGUUUGCUUCAGUGCUUUUGCUGUUUGUAUUUUUUCUGAUGAGGACCAGGGUUGAUGUUCUACUUUCAAGAGGAGAUUAAUAUGUUUACAUGCCAUGAAUAAACAAACAAAAAAAAAAAACAAAAAAAAAAUAUAGUAUGGUAUGGUAUUAUUCCAUCACAUUUUAAAGUGACAUCAAAAAGAAGCAUCCACAUCCACAUGGUUUACGUGAUGGUUAAAAUGCCAAAUAAGUAAGAGUGCCAAAUUCUAGUGCCAGUAGAUAAAUAUAGUCUUACUAUACUCAAUCACUGUCAUCUCAGUGAAUGUAAAUGAUUCUGAUACAUUCUGUAACUUUUGUAACUAGAUGUACAGUUGGUGGCAAUGACUAAUACAAUAGCCUUUCUGCUUUGUUUUCAAGUCUCCAUGUAUUUUGCAUUAAUCGGACAAUGAAGUAGCACAAGUUGCAUGUUGUUGCCGCAAAUACUACAUAAGUUAAUUUCAUUACUGCCAAACAUGCGUUUUCAUUUCAAUGUUGAAGUUGUGAGGUUAAAUGUUUGAAAUUGGAAAUACAAUGUAAUACAUAUAUACAAUAUAUACAUAUAAACAUAUAUUUUAUAUAUAUAAGUUAAAAUAUGAAAAAUUGUAUCCCUUAUCAGAAGUACUUAAUUUCCUUUUUAAUGCUACAUUUAAUUGUUCUAAAAAUACAAUCUUACUUUUUAGUUGUCCAGACUCACCAUAAGUUAGACACACAGCUUAUACAGAUGAGCACAUUUAUAAGAAAUUUAUUUUGUUUUCCCACUUUUAAAUAGACCUACAAAGACCCCCCCCCCCCCCCUCCUGCACACAAGGAGAUAAACUAUUAUUAUCACCAAUGUUUUUGUAAUCAAGUAUGGAACCAUACAGUAUACCAUAGUUGCUAAUCAGUUUCAUUGCAUAUUCAGGCUAUUUCACAAACAUUUUGUAUAUGGAAUGUGUGCUAACUUGUUUAUUUUUUGGGAAUC